UCGUCCCGAUACGGUGCAGACUACGUGUGUUUUAUUGUGCUAAGAUGCAUUCAACCGUAGGCUUUAAAGCUUUUGUUAGAAAUAUUGAUUUUCCUGACCAAGCAAACAAAGCAUUCGGGACGGGACCUGCUGCAGUACUCAACAAUUUGUGUCGACGCGGCCAUGUUGAAUCUAAUUUCUUGAUCUUGUUUCUUGGUUCUGGGGUCCGGCCUGUCUAACCCGUCUGUGAGUGUGACAGCUAGCUAAAGAAGGAAACGACUGCAUCUGAAUUCAAGUGGUAAUUUCUUUUUUGCGUUGUUCACACACAUGCAGCAGAGACAUAAACAUGGGAGGAAGGUCAUAUGUCACAUCAGGCUGUAUCUUCAUGCUUCUUCUUCUUAGUAAUCAUGUCUUCAUCAUUGAUGGAUGUUGGCAAGAAAUGAUCACUCUAGAGACUGACAGUUCAGAGGAAACUCUUACAUCUUUGUAUUUCCCUUCAAAUUAUCCAUCCAACUUGGACUGCAACUAUAAUAUAGUCGCCCCAAACGGUAGAAGAGUUCGUAUCUACUUCACAUCCUUCACAAUGGAGGACCCUAAUGAAUACGCUACCUGUUUAUAUGAUUACAUCACAAUCCAUGAUGGAGAUUCAGAUGCUGAUCCAUUAAUUGGAACAUUCUGUGGCCAGACAGUACCUCCUGUUAUUACAUCCAGAGGGCGCCAUUUAGUUAUCCAUUUUGUAUCUGAUGGAUCGAUUGAAGAAGCUGGGUUUAGUUUAGUGGCACAGUCAGUGUCUUCAGAUUAUCGAGAGCCUUUACCAACAAGCUCCAGUGAGUUUUGUGUUUCAGUGUUGGAGGAGACUACUGGUGAAUUCUUCAGUCCAGGUUAUCCAGAUUCUUAUGAUCAUAAUCAAGACUGUUUUUUUAUUGUCAUUGUUUCGGAUGAAGCAGAAACUAUUCAGCUCCGUUUCACAUCAUUUGAUUUGGAGCCAUCCCAGACUUGCAUCUAUGAUUUUGUUGAAGUACGUGAUGGAUCUUAUCUAGUGUCUCCUUUGAUUGGUCGAUACUGUGGUGGAUUCAACAACGCCCCGCCAUCCUUAGUUGAGUCAAGUGGACCAUCUAUUUAUAUCCAGUUUCACACAGAUAUAUCGGCAUCAUUCCAAGGAUUUUAUGCUGAAUAUGCAAUUGGUUCUAUUGGAUUCAGGACAAGUUCAGAUACUGGAGAAUCUGUGCAGACAUCAGUGUGUGAUAUCCGCCAUGCAGUCUUGACUGAACGUAGUGGGUUUAUUGUGUCUCAUAGUAACUUCCCCCAAGGCUCUUAUGAUCAUCAUUCUAGCUGCUCUGUUCAGAUUGUUGGAUCUCGAAGCUAUGAAAAAGUCCUCAUUGAUUUUAUUCAAGUCGAUCUUCCAUCUUCUUCAAACUGUGGAAGUUCAUCUUCAGACUACAUUCGAGUUAAUGAUGGUCAACUGGACUCUGACCAUGCAACAUUAGGUACCCUAUGUGGUAGUGAUGUAGGGCGUUAUACAAGCAGUGAUAUGUUUGCUAGUCUAGUAUUCCAUACAGACGGUGCCGCUAAUGCUGGAUAUUUAGGAUUUAAAGCGUUGUACACCAUCUUCUAUGAAGAUGCUUAUGGCUGUGCAGACAAUGACUAUCAUUGUAAGAAUGACCAUUGUAUUGGAAGUUCCUUGGUAUGUGAUGGAUACAAUCACUGUGGCGAUAACUCGGAUGAAGACGAUGGAUGCGGUGCUGAGGAUGAUCUGACUUGGUUAAUGAUUGUUGGAAUUAUACUUGGUUGCAUGGCACUUAUUGGGAUUGGGCUUUGUACUGCAUGCUGCUGUCUGAAUAAUACUGCUAGAAGACCCACUACAACUAGAGCUCCAUCUGCAAAUGGAACAGCAUUGUCAACUAUUUCAUCUCAGAAUAAUGAUGUCCAGAACCCAACCUAUCUCCCAGGGCCAAUUACUUCCUCGGCACCUUCUUCUUACACCCAUCAAGCACCUUCCCCCUACCCCCAACCAGCUUCAUCCUUACCCCCGAAGUACUCUGAGAUCUGGAACAACCCAGUUGAUGUACCCCCUAUCCAAGGUUCCCAGAACGGCUACCCAGUGCCUCCAGCCCCUGAGCCCAGUAAUAUAUACAAACGGGAGGAUGAAGAGGAUUAUGCCGUUCCUGAUCAACUUGAAAACACACCUAAAAGUCUAAAUGCACCUGUUCUCCCCCCUCCAGCAUUUCAGUAUGCCCCGCCCACUGCAGAUAACCCAUCAGGGGUAAAUGGAGGGGUACAUGUAAAUGAAGGUUUGAGUUCAGCCCAGGGGAUUAGACAACCUAGGGGUGGAACUCUGCCUCCAUUAAAAGGUAUAAAGGGAAGACCAGCUGAAGAACAAUAAGGAAGAAACCAAAAUGAGCAAUCAAUGAAUAUGUAAAUAAACUUCAUAUUUUUAACAACUCCAAUUUAUGGAUGAAAAAUAGAGCACAAACUACUUGCAUUGAGUUUGUCAGUGACAUUUUACCACUACUUCAUGUUGUGCUCUAUUCAUCCAUCAAUUAGAAAUGUUAAACAGUUUUAAUGAACAUUCCUAAUGAAUAUACAUGUAUUCAAGAAGAUGUGAAUACUGUAUGCUUUGUGACCAUAGGCUUUAUACAAGUACUAUAUUGGGAUGCCCAACAUAAUAUAGGUUUACAUAAGUUAUAAUUAUUGUAUAGACCAUAGAUAAUGUUGUUAUUGCUGUGUGUAGGUUUUAUAUCAAUAUCAGUCUCUUCUGUUUUUGACAUGAUACAUGUGUUAUCAACUUCUGAUUCCUUGUACUGUACAUGUAUAGACCCCUAACAUUUGUCAAUAUUAUGUGCAUGGGAGUGUCUGCGCCUUGUGGUCUGGUAUGAAACAGAAGAAGAAGAAGAUUUAUUGACCAAUUCCACAAGAAAAGUUCAUACUGGUAUGUCCUUGAAAAAGCCAUUUUGCCAUAGUUGUCGAUCUUCUCUUCACCUUUAAAAGUAACUGGAAUCAUUGAUGAAUAAGUUUUCAUUGAAGUUCCUCUUAGAUAAUGUAUAUAGCCCAAUAGCAUACUUUCAUUUCCCGAUUGCUGCGGUUUUAAAAGUGUCAAACAGUAUUUAUUUUUAACACCCGUUUCAGACAGGCGUGCCAGAGUGGCACCGAACCAAAUAAAGAGCGACUGUAAUAAAGAGCGACUGAACCCAAAUAAGUUUUGGUUUCAGACAGGCGAACUUAACAUUAUCAUUGGCUCGGCUCAUGAAAAGAUCUACGUCUAAAACCAAGUCGCUCCAGAGUCGUUCUGAACAAAUGCAACAGUCGAUCUUUUGACUUCUAGCGGUCCUGUCGCUCCUAACUGUUUCAAACGUCCAACUUUUCAUUGCGAACUUUUCAUGAUUUUGCUCUGGCGCGACUCUGGAGCGCCUGUAAAAUAUUCCUUUGUAUUGGGAUAUAAGUAUACUGAUAUAAUUGAUGAAUUGGUCUGCCAAAGUUAAACAUUGCAAAAAAAUAAUUUUGUUGUCAAAGGUUAGCGAAAGUAAAUGCCUUCCCAUCGGAUAGAAAUGAGCUCGCACGUUCGCUUAUGUUUACAUGUGAUAACAAGUUUUUUGCAGCAUGAAUUUCCAGUAAAAAGAGAUAUCGAUUUGUGAAUCCGUCCCGAAAAGCUACCUCCUUUGUAAAUGUCUUUCAUCUUAUAAUUGUAAAUAAACUUUUUCGACAUGUUGGUAAAAAUUUCCUUGAAUUUUAUGUAAAUAUGUUGAAAGUCUACUUUUUUAUUUUUACAAAGACUAUUUGCUACACAGAAGAUAAUAAUUAUAUAAGUUUUGUUUUGAUCUCUAAUUAAAUUUCAAAUUUAUCGCCUUUAAAAAGAAGGUAACUUGUGUUUGAUGCAGUUCUAUAAAGUUAAAUA